CUCAAUUUCACUGGAAACAACAACAACUAAGAAAACAAAUUCAAAAUAUUCAAAUAAUCAAUUUCUAUUCUUGCCAUUGUCCGAAUUAACAAUAAAUUCUUCUUAAUUUGUAUAUAUCUAAUAAUAUGGUAAAAGAUGUGUGAGAGCCAGGACAACAAAAAACCUUAUGUGUCUCUGAUUAAAAUUAAUGGAAAACCGAUUCUGCCACCGGUGAUAACGUCUGAUCUUCGUAAAGAACUCCUUCAAUACAAACAGCAAGCAAUUAAAUUAGAAAAGCGCCUUAAAACUUGCAGGGAACUGAAACAAAACCUUGAAGAACUCCAAAAUUCUUACGCCCGUCCUUGCUCAGAACUCACUUUUGGCGACAAUAGUCAUAUUGACGCUCUUGAUAUAUCAGAUAAGCCCAACAGUACUAGAAAGUUAAAAGAUAUCCAUUUGAGUAAGGAUCUUAUUGAAGUCACACAAUAUAAUUUUAGUGGCUCCAAAACUAUAUUUUGUAAUCAAAAACUUGAUAAUCAAAAUGCUUUAACUAAUACUGAGAGCCCAUCUAAUAAAGCACCUAGUGAUAAUGCCACAAAUAAUGAUAUUAUAAGACCAAGGAGCAGCUCAGAAUCAAGGGAAGAUGAUAUCAAACAAAAAAUUUGUGCUUCACCAAAACCGAGGUUAAUUAGAAGUAAUUCUUAUACACUUGAAGCUCCCAGUCCAAUUCUUUUAGAGCACUUAAAACGAUCUGCAUGUGGUGGGUCUAAUCACCACAGUGGUAACCAAUGGGUUUCAUCAGAAAGCUGCCACAAUAGUGAAAUUUUCAGUACUAAGAGUACUGUGGUGUUUAAUGAAGCAGACAGUCCAGACCAAUCUUCAAAAGACAUAAAGGAAGUUAAGUCGCCCACUAUUAAUUCCCAGCUGAUACUUGAUAAUAUGCAUCUUAGCGGGGCAGAAAAAAUUGAGAAAAAUGAUGAUUUUUCUGUUGAAGCUGCUUUUAAGUUUCCCUCAAUUGAUUCACACCAAUAUUUGGCAAAUGUUUUAAAAGAAAUCCCUGAUUUUUAUGCUAAACAGAUAAUUGAAAUGUUAAAGCAUCAGACUUUGGAAGAGAAGGAGAUAAUUCAAGAGCAUAAAAGCAAUGGAGGAGAUUUUGGAAAUGAUAAGGAAUUAAUUGUUAUUCAAGAGGAUGAAAUUAUGAGGAAUGAAAAGAAAAGAGAGGUGACUUUAUGUCCUCCACAUCCAGCAACAAACCAUCCAGAAGACUGUGAAAACCUUAUAGACUUCUCCUCUCUCAGCGAUGUCAGUCUGACUUCCGAAUUUACUACUUCUAUUAAACCUGUAAGUCGCCCAAACACAUUGGAAAGUACCAAAGAAUCACCAAACAAUAAGACCAAUGAAAAACUUACCCGUAGCAGCACAUUUUCCAUGUCACCUAGCCAGUCUAUUUACUAUAGUGGUAGUGAUAGUGAUACAGUAAGAGGAUUGACUCCGGCCUUAAAUUUAACUGUUGAAUACCAAGAGGAACCGGAGGUUGGCAUUUUGCAAGAAAAAGAGGAGUAUUGGGAGGCUAUAGUGUCACAUGAACUAAAAACUGUAACCUGUAGUAGAGAGUUAUUUCCUGAGCUUGAUCCUGUUACUAUGCAAUCUUUGAAAAGGGAUUGGGCAGCAAGUGUGAUAGGUGCUCAUAUCAGGGGAUAUCUUACAAGAAGACUGAUCAAAACCGAAAAGGUGCAAACAUUGAUAGCCACCGUUAAAGAUGUCCUAAUGUGUGCUCUAGAACUUCAUCAUUCUGAUAAUAUUGAUGAAAAAGAUGUGGAGCUACAUCGGAGGCUUAUCAAUCAGCUUUCAGCAGCUCUCUAUUCAUUCCACGAAAUAUUUUUUGAACUACCAAUCGCAGAACAGAUGUCACUAAUUAGAGCAGAUCGACAGCGUAAAAUCGAGAAAUUAAAGAGACCACAAUCCGGCCGAAAAUCUGCUAGUAAGUCGAUUAACUCCAGUCGAUCCGAUAAAUCUGUUAGUUCUAUUAGUUCCGCCAGAUCGUCCAGUAAAAUUAGUGUGAUUAAAGAGAGCCCUAAAGUGGCAAAGGUUUAGGAUUUACUUUUGUUUAUUUUGCAGGUAUGUUUUGUUUAGUUAAAAUCAACUUUGUGUUAAGUUAAAAUCAACUUUUGGCGAUGUGCUGGUUACACUGAUAAAAGUUUUGCGCAAUUUUCCGUCCAAGAUUUACAAAUUUUGUUUUAAAAUUAAUAAUUUUUUCAGAUAUGUAGAUUAAAAAAUUGGUUUUAUUUUUUUAAAAGUUUAAUCACGGCAAACAGGUAUAGAAGACUCUGUGGGGACGAGCUUUAUAUUUAAACCACAUGUCGUUUAGUUUUUGCCUGUAUGGAUUGCAUUUGAAGUUUGUGUUGUUCUGUAGGUGAUUGUUAGUUAGCCUUUUGUUGAGAUAAACUUCUUUGUAUGAAGAUGUGUGUCUGGUAUUAUAUCUGGACUCUUGGCUAACAAAUAGUCUAUCAUCGUUAUGCUGUAUGUAACUAUAUAGAAGAUUACGAAGCAUCGUUUCUUGGAUUGUUCCCUGCUGUGUGUAGCCCGUUCAGGUCAGCCAUUACCAUAGCUCUACAAGAUGGUGGAAAAAAAGGUUCAACGUCCUGCACAGUGCACUCGCAUAUUGCGUUAUUUAUGGUGAUCGACUUAUGGACUCAUUCAAAAUGCGUUCGAAGAUUUCGUCCCUUUUGGACUUCAUUUUUAAUAGGCAUGACCACACCACUACCCAUCAUUUUUAAGUUGAUCUGUAUCCUAGAAUUCUUCUAUAAAUUUGCCAUGUUUUUUAAAAAUCAGUUGCACUCUUGGGUUCCAUGCCGAUGUUUCGGCAGUCGAUGAUUUCAUAAUCUGUCCAUCGACGCCAUCGAAGCUAUCAGUUACUAUUUGAUUUAGGAGUGACUCCAUGUGUCACAACGUUGGGACUGAAUAAGUUGCUUUUAGUUUUUACGGGGUUCCCAUUUUCUAUACCCUUGUACGGGCAUAAAAACUAAUUUGUUAAGUGUUGAAGCAGUCACGACUAGUUACAACUAGGUAUAAUGAGCAUGCAGUGUUGUGCAUAAGGUAUACUUUGCUAGCUUUGAAGUUGUGUUCGUAUUUCCGUUCCUACUUAAUUUUAUGAGGUUUCAUGUUGAUCUAGUAGGCUGAGCACAAAGGCGUGUGUUCUCUCUUCACACAAGCUCACGGAGACAUAGAGUGAGACUUUCGCUUUUAGAUCAGGGCACAAACUGGCAAAAACAUUUUUUUUAUAUUACAGUCAUAUUUAUUGCGCCACUAAGCAACAUCAGACCUACAAAUAGCUCUUCCAUAUUCUGGAAAUUCGCAUGCUAGUACAAUAAUAUAAAUUGUUAUAUACUAGACACAGGAAAUAAAAUUACACAUGCAAAUGAAAAUGAUUGAGAACUUAUUUAAUGCUUAUUAAUAUCAAUACUUAUACAAAUCAUAUACAUAUAAUUUACCCAUACUUUAAUAUUAAAUGAUAAAAAUAUUAAAAUCCAUACACAGAUAAAAUUCACAAGGAGGAACUAAACUUUUAUGUGGUUCUGUCAAGUACUCGUCGCCUAUAAUAGGCUUUACUAACCAACUGGUUAUACACUUUUAAACAUCUUUGGAUUAAGACCUUUGAGCAAUAGAGCAAUUCAAUGCAAAAUAAGCAGUUUUUAGAAUUUCAGUUGAUACUUUUGUAGCUAUAUUUCGCUGUGCACGUGUUACUGUAAAUGCCCGGAAUUCGGUAAAACAUAGGAUAAGCGCGCUAAACCGAGGAUUUACCAAAAGCAAGUGGGAAAAGCCCAAAAACUAAUUAUUUUGCUUCCAUUUCGGACUGUUACCCAGUGAAUGUUAGGAUUUACCACACCACAUUGUUAAAAGUACGAAUACCACUGAUACGUUACAGAAAUCGAUAUCCUGAAACGAUAAUGGUUAAAAUUUCAAUGCCUAAAAAUAAGGUAGGGGAACACGGGGUACAAUGAAACACAAAUUUCAUUUUAAUUGUUUCUCUUUUUCGAUAUAAGUCUAUUAGGUUUAAAUGUGUUUUAAAAAAUGUCCUUCGGUACUAGGAGUACAUGUAUAGAAGUAUCAAGAGCCUUAUAACUACCUAUUUUGUCCAACAAACUAUUGAAAUUUAGGAAAAAAAUGUUUCAUUGUGCCCCACCACUGGGGCACAAUGGAACAAAUAUAGGGGCACAAUGCAACAUACCUAGAGUACUAUAUAACAAUGAAAUCGCUUUAGAAGUAUUCCCAAUAAAAGACCUAAAUAUUUUUAGAAUUUUAUUUCAGUAAAAAAAAUGGAAUAUAAGUACAGCCAAAGAGCGAAAUAAUUAAAAUGUUGAAUAUAAUCAUUAGCCAAUAUUUAUAUUGGUAAAGUCGAUUCCGAAAGAAAUAUAUUGUUUUUGGCGUUGGGUUGAUCCUGCAAAAACUGGGUUCCCUAAAACCAUCUUAAUGCUAUUUUCAGCGACUAGUGAUACGUCUGGAACUGAUGGCUCUACAAAUUUGUUAUAUCCUUUUUUUCUAAAAAAAUUUAUCUCGUAAUCUCCAUUUGUAUCUUUUCCUUUUGUAACAAUUCCAACGUAGAACUUAUUAUUGUGUCGGUUUAAUUUAAAUUCCACCAGUACAUAAUCAUUUGGCAGAGGUGACCUAUCCAGAUUUACGAAAUGAUCUUCAGUCACGAUGAAAAGGCCUUCAUCGUCGUCUAAGUCGUCAUCAGUCUCAGUGUAGACUACAUCUUCUUCUUCGGAUGAUGAGUGCUCCUCUUCGAUUUUUUUAAAUUUCUUUCUAGCAUCUUUGUCAAAAUCCGUUAUUUUUCUUUUGGCAGUUUCUUUCUUUGAUGCUGAUACCGCAAUUUUAUUGCCAAGUGCGGUCAUUUCCGGGGUACUGGUUGCAAUCAUACUUUUUCCUUUUGCUCGAGCCUUUCUGUUGUUUUUUCUAUUGCCUGCCUUGGGAAAUCCCCUAAAAUCUUCAGGUCCACAUAAAGUAUCUCCGUUAUUACUGUUGCAAGUAGAAGUACUGGGGUUUUCAAAGUCGUUAUUGAAGCUUGAGGUAUUAUUGGCAGAUGCUUCGAUUUCCAUUGCUGAGUUGUUUGUUUUUUUAGCAGGAGUAUUACUUGGCGAAGAAUAAUGCACUUUUUCUUGACUAGAAGUAGUUGGUAAUUCGACCAUUGGUCGGUCGGUAACAUAAUUACAUAAAUAAUCGGCAUCGGUAAAAACAUGUCUAUCGUAUGGGUAAAUUCCUGUUUUCUUAAAGGCCGCGGUGAUGUUUGAUGCAGUCAUUCCUCUCUCGUGAGCAAUUUUUACAAAGCCAGCAACAUUGUAGAUAGUUGCUGUUUGGCCAGGAUGCUGCAUCAUCCAAGUAUCUAUUGCAGCAUUGUAAUACGUUUUAAAUGGCUUAAACACACCCACGUCUAACGGUUGCAAUUUAUUGGUGGAAUGUGGGGGAAAAGUUAACAUAGUCACUCCAUUUUGUUUGCACAAAUUAAGUGCCUCUAACGACAAAUGACUCUCGUGAUUGUCGCAUAAAAUUAGUGGGCGAUUGCAUGCUACUUUUUGUAUGGUGUAUAAAAUGUUUUAUAACUUUAACAAAUAAUACUGAAGUCAUCCAGCCGGACGGAUUUGCCAAACCAAGAAUACCAGUAGGGGGCUUCCUGCACCAUGUGAGGCUUAAAGUGUACGCGAGGAAAUAUCAUAACGGGGGGAAUAAAGUUUCCACUUGCUGAAAUGAAACAACAGGUUGUGACGUUAGUACCCUUUUCAGCACUAGUGCACUUACUAACUUGCUUGGAUCCUUUUUUGGCAAUUAUUUUUUGGGGUUUUUGAACUGUGCAUGUACCUGUUUCAUCCAGAUUAAAUACUCGUGUUCCAUCUGCAAAGUGAGGAUUUGCGUAAACCUUUAGCAAAUUAUCAAAAAAUGCAUCUACAUUUGCUUUUGUGAAAGAUGUAGCCCGGGACAAGCUACAUCCCUCAGGCGUUCGUUGACUAAGCGAUGGAUUUCUUUUUAAAAACCCAUAAAACCAAUCUUGUCCUGCUGAUUUGUUAACGUCCCAUGAUUUUGGAUGUUUUAUUUUAUGUAUCACAGCCAUUUCAUAAGCCACCUUCUUGCAUUCAGUUACUGGGAGACCAUAAAACAUUUUGGAACACAUUAGCAAAUAUUCCUUUAGUUUAUUUUCUUGUUCCACAUUAAACACUUGUCUAACAUUGUAGUUCGGAAAAAAAAAUUGUAUCACUCUCAUUGUUUUUUUUCUUUUUCACAUACCUGGAUAAUGUUACGAAGUUUUUAAAUGUUAUGGGGCACCUUGAAACGUUUCAAAGAGCCCCGUCGAGUAAUGUUUCAUUGAACCCCAAACGUCCAUAUUGUUUAUUUUAUGCCAAAAUAAAAAAAUAUAAAAGGAUUAGAAAAAGGAAAAUACAUAAAAGUAAAUAAAAAAUAUAAACGUUUCGAAUUAAGCUACCCAACUAAGUAAAAAAUUGCAAUUACUUACCUUAAAAUCAAAAUAUGCUCCUACGUAAAAAUUUAGUUUUAGCACCAAGAAAUACACUUCUCUCGACAGCGUCCGAACUACUACUGCGGUUUUAAGGAAAUAAAGAUGACGAGAGCUGGUAGCGAUCGAAGCACCACUGACAGUAACAGAUUCUCUUUUAGCCGCGAAAAUUUAAAAUGAGAACAAUGUUUCAAGGUGCCCCGUGUUUCAACGUGCCCCGUGUUCCCCUACUUUAUAAAUGAAACAAAAAGACACACAAAACACUUUUUAUUUUAAUAUUCUUAUAUUUAAACAGAAAUCAUAGUAGUCCUAAACGAGAUAUUAAAAAAAAACAUUAAUUCAAGUACUAAUAUUGAAAAAGUACUUAUUAAUAUUAAAAGAAAAAAUCCUUUUUUUUUAUCAAAUGAAAUAAAUGAAUUAAAAUGUCCACUUAUAGAAAUAUUUAUUUAUUGGUACAGGGCAAACUUUCGUGGCAUCUUGAACUGCAGAGUAUUUUAGAGGAUCUGCACAAACAUUUUUUGGUAGAACAUUUUCGAAUGCUAUUACAUUUCUUGUAAUUACAAUGCAAUUACAACUUCUUGGCUCUCGCAUAACUACAAUUUUUGCACAGCCCUUUUUACGCUAAUUUCCUGAGAUGAAACAUCUCCAGAACUCAGGAAAUUUUCUUUGCAAAUAGUGAAUUGAUUUCUUGCAAACAACUGAGCCAAGGUUCCUGUGCUGGUUCCAAGAUGAUAAAAAUCUUCAUCCGUUUUUUCUAAUACAGCAGCCAACAAAAUCCGAGGAUCCGAUUUUGGAUCGAUCCACGUCUGGUAUUUUUACUUUAACGGUUUCUCCACGUGUUGCAGGCGGAAAUCUCUUACUCGAAAUUAUUUAAAUUUUUUUUGAUUGUUCCAAAGAAUGAUGAGCUUCCUCCCUGUUUCGUUUAAUAUUUAAGAUUUUUGUUUCAGUUAACUUAUGAUUCUUUUGAUUCAUAGCAAGAUUAUCCGAAGGAUUAUUAUUUGUUUCAUUUAGAAAAGAUGGCAAGUCAGUAGAAUCUUUCUCAACCGCUUCUGGAUCCUUAGACAGUACUUUCUGACGCUCUUUUUCACUGUUCAAGUUUGGUAGUAUGAGAAGGACAUUUUUGAAUUGCAAAGACCCAUUUUCAUUUUAUAACCAAACAUGGCUUCGUAAGGGGACUGCUUAUGCCUUCAUGGUAUGAAAUAUUCUUCAUAGCUUGAACAAAUCUUUAGGACUCACUCCACUUUUUACAUUUAUUUGUUUCCAUCCACGUGGCAAUCAUAUUUUGAAUGUCCUGAUUUCCACGCUCCACUGAUCCUUGAGACUGGCGAUGCCUUGGUUUCCCGUGCACAAUUUUAACGCCUUCCCAUAAUUGACAUAGGGCGAUUCCGUUAUCGCGGGUGCAACAUUUAAACGCAUUUAAAGUUUUUUACUUGUAAAAUGAAAUAAAAUUUCAAUAAAAUCCUUCUUUAAAGGAUAACAUUUUAACCUGUUUUAUUUUGAUUUGUUAAUAAGAAUUCAAUUGAAAUACAUAAAUAAUUACUAGGAAUUUUUAAAAAGCUAUCGCGGGUGCAACCAAAUUGGUCCACCAUUUUCAAGAUUCUGAACAAAAACACAAAAUUUUGUUAAAUAUUAAACCUUUAUUAUAUUAUGCAUUCAUAUUUUAAGAGCCUAUACAAUAAUUAACCAAACUAAUCAUUGAAAUGAUACAAAACUUAAAUUAGCAAGAAAUUUUUUACUUUUAAAGCGAUCGCGGGUGCAACAUGUCUAGCAUAAGUGAACAUAAACCUUAUUAUAAUUAUAUAUAUUGCAGAAUUAUAACAUAAGAAUAAUAUGUAUUACCACCUAGCACACUUACGUGUUACUAAAGGUUACUAUUUCUUUUCAAAUACGUCAAUAUUCGUCGAAAAUUCUAUUAAAAUGUCAUUGCCAUCAAGCUUCUUUUCUGGCACUUCUAAUUUUGCGAUAAUGUCUUUAAAUUGAACGUCAGCUAUAUCAUUUACGACUUCACUGAAGCGUUUGGCAUCAAUCGUCUUCAGAAAUUAUACUCUAACGUCUCCAUCUUCAUCUAUAUCGCUCUGGCACACGACCACAUAGCGAUAUUGUAUAACAUUUUUGCCAGACUUACAAGGCAGCUGUGUACCAGUAUAUACGAACCAGCGCAAAUGUCUUUUGAUGAGAGACCAGUGACAGCACUACUCGUACUUUCAGGAAAUGUUUCUGCUGGUAAUCUCGAGGCAACAGACGUGGUCGGAGCUUCAUCUUCCCAAGUUUCCUCCUGAGUUUUGUCCUAUGAGGUGUGAAGCAUGUUGUCUGAUCAGAUGCUGAAGGCACAGAUACAUUAGGACACAAUUUUUUGUCGGGCACCAAACGUAUGAGAGGUUUUAAAUCUUCAUCGUCCCAAUCACUUUCUGUAGUAGUGGCAGAAACAUCAGAGCACAGAGUUUCUUUGUCUGCUGAAAGAAAGUAGAAGUGUAGGCUCUAAAUCUUCAUCCUCCAAAUCACUUUCCCUUUCUGAGACAGAUUUUAAAACCAGUGUGUCCUGGACAAGAGACUGAGAAGUUCGCGACACAGUUAUGCUGUUGCCCUCUUUAGAUUUGAAGAAAUGUUUUGAUUGAAUGGCUGGUAUAUUCUUCAGCCCUUCCCAACUCUUAUCUAACAUAGCCUCUUUAGCUUCAACUUGUUCCUUAGAUACAAAUAUAAAAUAAAUGUUGGUAGAGAGACUGCGCGCAAGGUCAUACAAUUCUUGGGCACUGUUUACGAUAGCUCUUCGGGACUUCAAACAGACACAGCAAUCCACACUGUUCUUUUGACACUUCCCCCGAUUCCAUCGACAGCACCUUUGCCAUGUGAGGCAGCAAAAAAGUUCCAUUCGAGGUGAGUGAAUCCAUGUUCUACUUUGAGUGUAUUUAAGCUUGCCAUUACAUACCGAUUCUUGAAUUGAGCUGCGCAAUUAUCGCUGAAGAUAUAUAUAAAUUUAAUAUUGUCGUUAAUUGACUUGAUGUACUCACAAAUUUUCUGUAGAAGAGAUACACUGUGUAUUUACUAUGGUUUAAUUCAUCACUUACUAUGACCACGGAAUGAAGUUUGUCGAAAGUCCAAAUACAGCACGUGAAAAGCGUAACUUGCCCAUGAGUCCAAUGUGCUGAUUAUAUUUCGUCUUGACUGACAAGCCCAUAGUUCUCGGCAAAGUCUAUUUGUACAACGGCUUUCUCGCUAACUAACUGUUAGGUUUUGUUUUGCAUUUUGAAAAUACUCGGACUGAACAUUUUUAACGAAAAAAUGCAGCUUGAAUUUAGCGGUGUUAUCAUGUAGUUCAUCUAGCGCUGCAUCAAAAGGUUUGCUAACUACGAUCUGUUUUGGUCUCUGGUGCAGAAAAAUCCAUGCUUUUCAAUUAACACUAGGAUCUGAAUCUACGGUAAUAUCCCAAAUGUUUGAUUCCUUGCAAAUAUCGCAACUGUUGGACAUGCAAUCUUCAUUAUCCACACUACAUGAUACCUGGUUCAGCAGUUCUCGGUGUGCUUUUGGGAAGUCUGUUGCAUAUUUUGAAAUUGCGAGAAGAAGGUUAAUGUAAUUUGAGUGUGUUGUACAUACACAUACAUUAUGAGGCGUAUCGUUGAUAGGCAGAAUGUGAGCCGGUCUUUCUUUGUAAAAAAGAGUUUUACCACUCGAUGUGUCCGGGUAAGUGGUUUUAAAAAGGCCUCUCGGAUGCUCAUCCAUUGUUCUUUUCCGGAUUCUCAACUUUGUUCCUGAAUUUGACUUUAUGGAUUUUACAUCUUUUAUUCCAGGCAUUUGUCUGCUAAUAUCGUCCCUGCCAAAAAAAUCACAAAUCUGUUUCUUGACUUCAUCUGUCAGUUUUCAAGGCUUUUUAGCGAAGUCAUUGUUUUCAGAUACAGCAAUUUGGUAUUCAGGAGCUAUUUUUUUACAACUUCCACUGCUUUAUUUGGGCUUGCUGGUAGAUUACGUCUCACUUUUGCUACUGCUUUUCCCAAUGUGCGAGGACUACUGUAGCUAGCACCUGUUUUUUUAUUUGUUUCUUCUUUACGACGCUUUCUAGUCGCCUGCAUUCUUUCUCUAGAUCUGAUUCUAGCCAACAACUUCAAAUCUUCAUCUGUCUCCAUUUUUUUUUUCAUUGCUUCUCUUCGAUUCGAAUCACGAGCCCUUUCUCUUCGGAGAUGGUCUGCAUAAAGUUCAGCAUUUUCUUUUAAUUUUCUCCUAUAUUUCUGCGAAGCAGUUUCUUUCUGUGGUUCUUCUGACCUCUUAUCCAUUUUUUCUAUAAAAAAAAGAGCAAAAUAUUAACUUAUACCAAGGUUUAAGUUAUUAUUUUGCUCUUAUAAUAUGAUAUAAAUAUAUUAAAUGAUAUGCGAUAAUAUUUAUAGUUAAAUAGGUUGCACCCGCGAUCGUAAAAUCGCCAUCGCGGGUGCAACCAAAUUAGGUCAACGUUUACUUAAAAUCAACUUAGAAUAUAUUGCUACUUACGAUUGAUUAAAAUUUCCCUCUGGUUUCUUCUUACUAUUCAUAAAAUGUCACAACGUUAGCAAAUUACUUCUUUGAGAAAUCCAAACUUGUAUAUCUUUUAAAUCGCGGGUGCAAUAAGCUAUCAAUAGCUUUUUGUAGUCAAUAAUAGUUAAAAGGUAAUACAACAUAACAAGUACAUAAACAAGUACUUAUUUGCCUUUGCACGAACGAAUAAACGAAUGUAAACACCACAAUAUUGACUAAUAAAAUAUAACCUCAACUGUCAGUAACAGCUGUUUCACGCGAUGUUGUCACGUACACAUUUUCCGUUUUGCACCAAACCCGAAUGUAAGUGUUUCUUAACGAGCAAAAAAUUGAAAUAUGAAAUAAAUAGUCCGAAAAAGUAGUUUUAUUAGAAAAUAUAGACUUUCUUCUUUGGAUUGACAUUAAAAAAAUAUCAUUUACUGCGAUUAAGAUUUCUUUGUCAAAAAUCGUCUACAGCGGAAUCGCCCCAUAGUUAGUUCAGAUAUCAGAGUAUUAGCAAAUUCACGUCCAUUAUCCGAGUGCAGUAUGCUGAGAGCUCCAAAAAGUGUACAAAUAUCAAGCAAAUUGUAAGCAAUAAUUUCUUUAGCACGCUUGGUACAAAUAGCACGCAAAACAACAAAUUUGGUGAGAUGGUCUUAAUACACCAUGAUAAAUUAAAAAUUGCUGUCGGAAUUGAAUAUCAAUCAGAUCGAUUUGACAUCGUGAAUUCAUUUCUGUGUGUAGUAUAGACCUACGAUUCACAUAACUGUAAAUACUGCGUUAUAGCUUCUACUGUCACAUUCUUAUAUUUGUGGUUAGCCUCCUUUAGUGUUCUCGUUCUACCUCCAUGUCCAGUUGCAAGAUGAGAUUGGAGGGUCACGUCAUAUAAAUUAUCAUAUUCCACAUAGUAUAUCUUUACAUCUUGGAUUCACUGGCAGGAUAAGUCUUUCUUUACCUCCAACAUUUUAUCACAUCAAAACAUUUUAAUCUCCUGUAGUGUAUUGCUUUUUGAGGCUUUACUUGAUUACCUUCUUUCAAUUUGUUAAUAUAGGCACUAUACAGUAUAAGUUUCACCUAAUUUGGGGCAUUUACAGUAACACUGCACAUCCUUGCAGCCACCGACUCUUUUUUUUAUUUACUGAGAAAAAUGGCUCAUCUGAUUUUCGAAGAGUGAAAAUAUGUUGUUUGUCUCGGUUGGGUGGAGUAAGACAAUUGAGAAAAAACCAGUGCGCAACCUCAAACUGUGCAUUACGUGCUCUGCCUACAGACUCCUCAAAAUUAUUACCACUCUUAUUUUUAAAAAAUAAUUUGUACCCUGCGGUACACCAUGUCAUAGAUUUUGUAAAUGAUAAUACACUCUUAAUACUGUGACACUAUGAGCGGCUGGUUAAUCAAAGUUUUAGAUAAAAUAUAGGUCGUGUAUAAACAGAAAUUUAUAAAAAAUAAAAAAAUAUAUUUUCCAAAAUAUGAUGGAAAAAUUAAAAGCUUUUUGUAGAUCUGAUGAUCCACUCUCUAGUCGGGCGCAACAUGUAACCGGUAAUUUUUCUUAAGAUUUUUUCAAAAAGUUGAUUAUUUUUUACAAUUGUUUAAUCAAAUUUCUUUAAAGUUAUUCAAUAUGUAAUCCGGGUAAAAAAGCUUAGAGGGUAACUAAUAUUAUAAGACCUUUGCAGUUUUAAUUCGAUCAGAUCACUAGUACUGUAAGUAAUCUUGUUCAUAGUGUGAGAAACGAGGUUUAAAGUUCUGGAUAAAUAAAUAGAAUGGUUUAAGUCGUAAAAAUUGUAACCAAUACUCAGAGCUGGUGCUCGUUGCAUAAACAUUUAGAGAGAAACCAAGGGAACAACCCUCCACCUUACGAUCGAGAUGGCCUCUGGGUUCGAAAUCGACCAUUAAAGGUUUUUAUGAUACUGUAUAGCUUUGUAAUAAUGUAUAAUUUUUUCAAUUUAAUUACAUCUUUAAUUCUGGCAUCCGUAACAAUAUUUCAACUCUGUGAUUUAAAAUAAUGAGGAAUUAUGAAGGACGGACAAGGAAAAUAUAAAUUUUUUAGUACUCUGUAUCAAAACUGGAGUUUUGGAUAUAUGAAGGGCUGAGAAGCCAUGGGAUAUAAGUGUACUGAAGUCAGUUUUGAGAAAACUCAAAUUAAAGUUAAAUUGUUGUAAUCAAAUGCAGGCAAAAGUAUGGCAAUUCAAACCAGUUUUGUUUUAAUUGCUAGGGUUUAGACUAUCAUAAUAAAGAAAAAUAAUAUGCUUUUUAGUAUUUUUCAUAUUGAUUAUUAGGCAAUAUUUGAUAAAAGUCAUCACUUGUACCCCUUGGCUUCUCAUAGAAAUUAGGAGUUUAAUAAAACAUAGGAUACAAAUAAAUUAGAAAAAUGUAUUUUUCCAAUGAAAGGUGGCUUAACAAAAUACUAACAGUUUGUAUAAAAAUGUCAUUUAAAUACCACUUGCAGAACUAUUCUGAGUCACUGCUUUAAACAUUGUCUUCAUGUUCUGGAUCCUCAUUUUCAUCAUCGUCAGGAUUGUGAUGUCCCUCUUGAACCGCUUCUUGCUGUUGCUGGAUGUUCUGUCUUGUGUGCACCAAACGAUUUGCCUCAUAGUCUAAUGAUCUAUAGAAUUGGUGAUAUACGGGAGGUACAAAUGGUAGGAGGCCAACAAGGUCUUUGUACUUUGAUGCUUUUAUUUUCUUUUUAUUUUGUUUAGGGAUAAGAGAAGGCAAGGUUUUUGGAAUCCUUCCAACAUUAUUUGCAAGCAUGUUGUACUCUAAAAAUUGCAUUUCUUUAUUUAUGGACUUUUGUUGAACAAAGUGUAAGGACUCUCUUUUCUGAACUGCAGCCACUGCAUGUUUCUAAUAGCUUUCACAAAAUGUUUGCUUAUGGGAUCCAAAGUAAGAAAGUCUUCAUCCAACAUUUUCUUCACUAAGAACUUUUUGCUAGUUGUGGCUAUAAUAUCCACCCAGUCAUUAGGAACGAAAACACCUCUUUUUGUGUUCCUCUUGGUAUUUUCCACUUUACCGGUCUCGGUCACAAUGAUUAUAAGAAUGACCAGUAAGCAAAAAUUUUAGGUCGACAAUUUCAAUCUGCGUUGUGUUUACAACAUAUAACCAAAAUUUUACCGUAAGUUGGCUUUUAUUUUGCCCACCACAAUUAUCACAGAAAACAGUGAAGUGAGUGACUGUAGAGGGCAAUGAUUUGAUAUACUGGAUUAAACACGAUACCAUUUCUUCGCAUCCUCUUGAUGCUUGCCCCUCAUGCCAAAGAAACAUAAACGCAUCAUCGGUCCCAAUAUCAUGUACAUUAAAAUUAUACGUCCAUAAUUGCCUUGCAUAAUACACUUUUGUACAUGUUAAUACCGGCGUGGGCAACAUUUUUUGAAGCUCAAAACAUAUAGCUUUAUGCGCAAGAUCAUCUUUUACUUCUUUUUUACUAUUAUCCAUUUCUUUUUUAGCACUUUCAGCCUUACGUAGGUGGACUUCUUUAGCGAUUGUUGCAGCUUGUUUAGCUUCCAGAUCUCCAUGCUCAAUAGCUAAUUUAAACUUGUCACAAUUAUUACAAGUGUCAGUAUGUGCUCGAUGGAAACUAAGAUUAAAACAUGUAUUAAAUAUAUGCCUGUAGUAAGAUAGAGUAACAGGUUCCUUUCCUUGUUCCGCACAAAAGAUUUUAUAACAGUCAUACAAUCUUUUCAGAUUUAAGUCAGCAUUUAAAUAUUUUCGGUUUGGAGCUUGCUGUCUGGAAUAGUGACUACUAUAUCUAGGAAACAUAGCAAUAUGUUGUUUGACCAAAUCAGUUUUCUCAACGGUAAUUUUAUUGGUUGGAACCUUUCGCCAUCUACGGUCUCGAGCUGGUAUUCCCGUUCCAGAUUCUUUCUUUUUAGCAAUAAUGUUGGUAACACGCUUAUUAUAGACCGCCUAAUAAAUAUUGACAAGAAUGGGACUUUCCACGUACAGUGUUUUCUUUCUUCAUAUGCGGAUCUUCUAUUAUAAUCGCAGAGUUCAAAAAUGAUGAUUGCAAUUCCCAAUUCGCCAGACCCCAGUACUUAUUAAAAAAUUUGUGGCGCUUUUCUUCGCUCAUAUUUUCGCAACAUUUAUAGCGGCAUCCAUGGUCGUAUGCCUGAACUUUUCUUUCAUUGUGUACUUUACCUUUACGGUCAGUGUACUUUUUACCCAUGUUUCGUAGUCUUGAAGACUUCUGCCUUUUCCUGUCCGUCGUGUUUUUUUCUUCGUCUGCUUCAGUUUCUUCCAUUUGAUCUGAAAUUAAAUUUUAAUUAUUUAUUUAGAUUAAUUAAUUAUGCUGUGUAUGUCAAAACUAAGCCUAAUUUUUAAUUAUUACUCUAAAGUUUGUUAUCAAUAAAAAGUUGCCUAUUAGAGAAAAAGAACGUUAUAAUGAAAUCGGCUGAUAAGUAAUAUUAAUAACAAUAAUUAACUAAGGCCUACUCUUACCUUCUUCAGGACGGUUACUUGAACUAGUACUGGAAGAAUUAUCUGCGUCUGGGUUAUAAUCAGCGUCAUCAUCGCUAUUAUCUGAAAGUAGGACAACUGAAUAAGAUGGUUACGAGCGUUCAAAUAAUAUUAUUAACAACAUACAUUAGAAAGAAACCUAACCUUAAAACCUCACCUAUACACACUAAAUGACUCAAAUUACAACAAAUAAUAAUAUAUUGGAUUUGAUAAAAAGUAGAACUUACCAUUAAAAACGCUAAAAGAACUACCUUCUGACAUUUUUUAUCAAGUUUGAUAGCCUCAACACGUAAACAAUUUAAACACAAUAACAAUGCGUAAAAGAAAACAACAGCUUUAGUAAACUAAAUUAUCAGUUUUUUUUAGAAGCCAAUGGGUACAAGUGACUCGCGGCACAUGUAUCCCUUGACUUCUAAACUAAAAAGCACUUUUAAGCAGUAGUUUUUUUUUUCGCUACUAGAUGUUAGCACAUGAUAAGAGUUCCACUUAUCUCCCUUGGCCACGAACAUUUUAAAGUGUUUAAGAGUAAGUUUCUGCAUUUAACUCCAUUAUGAAAAAUAUGUGACUUGUACCCCUUGGCUUCUCAGCCCUUCAUAUAUAUAUUUAUAGACGGGAUAUAUAUCUUUCUUUUUUUAAUUCUUGAUUAGCAUGUCAUACCAGAGGUGCUCAGAAUAUGUAGAUAUAGACACAUAGAUUUUCAAGUUGUUUGAUUUAUUGUUUUUGUUGAACGGUCUAUAAGAAAUUAAAAUGACAGUCACACGCAAAAAGUCACGAUAUUUUAGCAUUUAAGACUGGUAUGAAAACGUCUUUAAUUAAUCCAAUAAAAGGUUAAACUGCUAGUCAUAUAAUAAAAUGUAGUAUACUAAGUAAUGUUAUCACAAAGUGUCCUUUUUUGUUACAUUAUAAAAUAAAACCAAAUUUCAAUA